AUGCAAUUUGCUGGUCAGUACAAUAUUGAUUCAUCUUUUUUUCUCUCUAUCACUCUCCCUAUUUCUCUUUCGUUUGCUCUCUCUCUCUCUCUCUCUCUCUAUCUAUCUAUCUAUCUAUCUAUCUAUAUAUCUAAUGAGAAGGGCAUUCUGAUUUCCCUCUCAUUUUGUUUUCUAUCUUCUCUCUUUCUUUCUCGUUCACAAUCUUUUCUCUGUCUCUCUCUUUCUUUUACUUCUCCCUCUCUCUCUCUCUUUACAUUUCUCUCCAGGUCUUUUCGUUUAUUUCUUCAUCUCUCUUCCUCUCUCUGUCUCUCUCACUGUUCACUAUCUUCCUUUUCCGCUCCCGUAUUUUUUCACUGUCUCUUUUUGUCUCUUGUUCCAUCUCCCUCUUUAUUCCUGUCUUUCUCUCUCUCGUUUUCUCACACUCUCCUGUUUAACUACUUUUCUCUCACUCUUUCUCUCUGUAUCGGUCUUGUUCCCUCUCUGUCAUUCUUUCUCUUACUCGUUCUUAGUCCUACUCGCUCUUUCUUUCUAAUUCUUUCUCUUACGCCAUUUGCUUCUCUUUCGCGAUUUCCUUUCCUUGACCAAUUACACGUUUUCUUCCUCUCUUCCAGUUUCUCACACUCUUAA